AAUAAGACAACUGUAUUCGAAAAACACGUGGUAAUUUAGAACUAUCAAAAUGACGAAAAUCAGAAAAGUGAAACGGAAGAAGAAGUUUCGCAUGAGCGUAAAUCGUAAGCGAUUACGAAAUAAAUUAAGAAAAUUACCAACAGUACAAUGUCCUCAAAUAGAACAAUCAUGGGAGAUAUCUAUGUCCACUCGUACAAAUUUAAAACAAAUGGGUUUGGUAUAUGAUCCAAACGAGGCAUUGAAAAUUCCAAAUAUUAAACAAGAGCUCAUUAAAGAGGCAAAACAAAAAGUAGCAGAUCCUGAAGAUAUGUCAGAUGAUGAAGAGGAAAACAUGGACAUAACAUGUGUGAAAAGUCAUAUAGCUAAAGAACUAGAAGCAGAGGCAAAAGCUCCAAGAAGGAGGAUGUUCAAGUUACCAAAUAGUCAAGUACAAUUUCUAACCUAUUUAAUGGACAAGUAUGAGGAAGAUUAUAAGGCUAUGGCACGAGACAAGAAGAAUUAUAACCAAUUAACAUGGAAACAAAUACGUGCUAAGAUUAAAAUAUUCAAGGGUAUUCCUGAGCAAUAUAAUGAGUAUCUUCAGAACAAAAGUAUGCAAUAAUAAUUAAUUUCCCAUAUUUAAUUAAGAUAUAUUUCAAGUAUUUGAUUGUGUAUAAAACAUUAAAAUAUAGAAUUAAUAUACAAGUGUUGUUAUUUAAGUAAAUACAAGAACA